CCCGACCAACGACCAGGAAAUCACAUACACUCCGGUAACCCUUGGAAUGAUACACCUUGGCGUAGGAAAGCGGAAGUUAAAUAACAUGGAUAUAUAAAGUGGAUUCCGAUUUCCGGUUUGUAAUUAUAACAUUUCAAGGGCAUAAUGGUUAAUGUGGAUAAAGGGAUUUUGGUGGAAUGUGAUCCUGCAAUGAAGCAGUUCCUAUUACAGUUGGAUGACACAAAGGCCUUGGGGAAAAAGUUUGUUAUCAAGGAUCUGGACGACACUCACUUAUUUAUCUCGGCAGACAUUCUGGAAAUACUUCAGGAUCAAGUGGAUGGUCUGAUGGACAAACUUGCAUUUCCACUUGCAGAAAAAUAAUUGUGUUAAAUAUUAAAAAAAAAAAAAGAAGGGGAAUUUACAUUAUACUUGAAGAAUAUUCUGUGUAAGGAACAGAGUUUUUCGACAUAAUAAUGAUUGAAAUGUGUGGAAAUAAUCAACUAUUGACUUGGACUCAUUCCAAACGAAGACUUGGACCUUCGAACUCAUUAUUUGAAGAAGGAAACAUUGUGUGCUGCCUAUUAGCUAAACAGCUUCCGUUUGAUGCAGUGGAGGAGGAAGAUUUCUUCCUGGAACAAGAAUCACAUGACAUUCCAUGUGGAAUAUCUGGCUGCAGUAAAAUGCUGGACAGUCUAAAUAGCUAUGAGUUACACUACAACAGCACACACAGAAAUGCCUGCAGUGCCUGUAAGAGGACCUUCCCUACUUCCCAUCUCCUGGACAUUCAUCUUCUGGAAUGGCAUGACUCCAUGUUUGACCUUUUAGCCUCAAAGUCACCCAUGUUUCAAUGUUUGUUGGAAUCAUGUGGUGAGAAGUUCAUUAAUCAGAAAGACAGAAAAAAUCACAUGAUCAAGUGUCAUAAAUUUCCUGCCAACUUUAGGUUUGAAAGAACCAAGAAAGAGAAGAAAAAAGUAAAGAGUGAAGACAAAAUGGAGGUACAGACCACAAAGCCCGAUGCACAGGGCCAGCGAAUGUUCAGCUACAAAGUGCCAUCUCAAAUUUGCUUUGGACAUGGCUCAGCCUUGGGGUUCCAAAGAGGGAGAGGUUCAGCCCUGGGGCCCCAGAGGGGAAGAGGAAGAGGAGGAAAGAAAGUUCCCAAGAAACACUGGCACCAGGUCAAGAAGGCAGAAAAUACUACAGUGGACAUCGGGUCAGUGGACAUGACAGAUUUGGCUCAGGCAUUGGACACACCAAAGGACAGUACCGUAGACAAGAAUGGUGUAUAAACAUGCUGCUCAAAUGCAGUGUACAGCGGUUGUUCAUAUGUAUGUAAUUUGAUGAAUAAAUAUUUGAUUCCUUAACGUUCA